AUGUUCACUAAGGCUGUCGUUGCCCUCGCCCUCGUGGCCUUUGCUGCCUCUGCUCCGUCUCAGCCAGCUUACGGUUAUGCUCCUGAACCUGCUUAUGAGGUCCCUGCCAAGUAUGACUUCAACUAUGCAGUGAAGGACGACUACUCCGGCAACGACUUUGGUCACCAGGAGGCCCGUGAUGGUUAUGACACUCAGGGUUCCUAUUACGUUCUUCUUCCCGACGGUCGUCUGCAGAAGGUCGCUUACACUGUCAACGGCGACUCUGGUUACGUGGCUGAGGUCAGCUACGAGGGUGAGGCUCAGUACCCUGAGUACAAGCCUGCUCCUUACCAUCCUGCACCUGCCUACAAGCCCGCCCCUGCUUACAAGCCCGCACCCACCUACCAUGCCGCACCUGCCUACAAGCCUGCCCCUACUUACGAGCCUGCUCCUACUUACCAUGCCGCACCUGCCUACAAGCCCGCCCCUGCUUACAAGCCCGCACCCACCUACCAUGCCGCACCUGCCUACAAGCCCGCCCCUGCUUACAAGCCCGCACCCACCUACCAUGCCGCACCUGCCUACAAGCCCGCCCCUGCUUACAAGCCCGCACCCACCUACCAUGCCGCACCUGCCUACAAGCCCGCCCCUGCUUACAAGCCCGCACCCACCUACCAUGCCGCACCUGCCUACAAGCCCGCCCCUGCUUACAAGCCCGCACCCACCUACCAUGCCGCACCUGCCUACAAGCCCGCCCCUGCUUACAAGCCCGCACCCACCUACCAUGCCGCACCUGCCUACAAGCCCGCCCCUGCUUACAAGCCCGCACCCACCUACCAUGCCGCACCUGCCUACAAGCCCGCCCCUGCUUACAAGCCCGCACCCACCUACCAUGCCGCACCUGCCUACAAGCCCGCCCCUGCUUACAAGCCCGCACCCACCUACCAUGCCGCACCUACCUACCAUGCCGCACCUGCCUACAAGCCCGCCCCUGCUUACAAGCCCGCACCCACCUACCAUGCCGCACCUGCCUACAAGCCCGCCCCUGCUUACAAGCCCGCACCCACCUACCAUGCCGCACCUGCCUACAAGCCCGCCCCUGCUUACAAGCCCGCACCCACCUACCAUGCCGCACCUGCCUACAAGCCCGCCCCUGCUUACAAGCCCGCACCCACCUACCAUGCCGCACCUGCCUACAAGCCCGCCCCUGCUUACAAGCCCGCACCCACCUACCAUGCCGCACCUGCCUACAAGCCCGCCCCUGCUUACAAGCCCGCACCCACCUACCAUGCCGCACCUGCCUACAAGCCCGCCCCUGCUUACAAGCCCGCACCCACCUACCAUGCCGCACCUGCCUACAAGCCCGCCCCUGCUUACAAGCCCGCACCCACCUACCAUGCCGCACCUGCCUACAAGCCCGCCCCUGCUUACAAGCCCGCACCCACCUACCAUGCCGCACCUGCCUACAAGCCCGCCCCUGCUUACAAGCCCGCACCCACCUACCAUGCCGCACCUGCCUACAAGCCCGCCCCUGCUUACAAGCCCGCACCCACCUACCAUGCCGCACCUGCCUACAAGCCCGCCCCUGCUUACAAGCCCGCACCCACCUACCAUGCCGCACCUGCCUACAAGCCCGCCCCUUACAAGCCCGCACCCACCUACCAUGCCGCACCUCCCGCACCCACCUACCAUGCCGCACCUGCCUACAAGCCCGCCCCUGCUUACAAGCCCGCACCCACCUACCAUGCCGCACCUGCCUACAAGCCCGCCCCUGCUUACAAGCCCGCACCCACCUACCAUGCCGCACCUGCCUACAAGCCCGCCCCUGCUUACAAGCCCGCACCCACCUACCAUCCUGCACCUGCCUACAAGCCCGCCCCUGCUUACAAGCCCGCACCCACCUACCAUGCCGCACCUGCCUACAAGCCUGCCCCUGCUUACAAGCCCGCACCCACCUACCAUGCCGCACCUGCCUACAAGCCCGCCCCUGCUUACAAGCCCGCACCCACCUACCAUGCCGCACCUGCCUACAAGCCCGCCCCUGCUUACAAGCCCGCACCCACCUACCAUGCCGCACCUGCCUACAAGCCCGCCCCUGCUUACAAGCCCGCACCCACCUACCAUGCCGCACCUGCCUACAAGCCCGCCCCUGCUUACAAGCCCGCACCCACCUACCAUGCCGCACCUGCCUACAAGCCCGCCCCUGCUUACAAGCCCGCACCCACCUACCAUGCCGCACCUGCCUACAAGCCCGCCCCUGCUUACAAGCCCGCACCCACCUACCAUGCCGCACCUGCCUACAAGCCCGCCCCUGCUUACAAGCCCGCACCCACCUACCAUGCCGCACCUGCCUACAAGCCCGCCCCUGCUUACAAGCCCGCACCCACCUACCAUGCCGCACCUGCCUACAAGCCCGCCCCUUAUACCAGUAGAUCCAGUUCUAUCAUCGGCCCAUGA